UAGUGUUGUUAUGACGCUGCUUGUGUAGGUAAACCUUCCAGCUGAUCCACACACUCAGGUCUUCACUCAUAACAUUCACCUACACCACCUUCAAGACGUACUAACUUGUACAAUCUGGAUCUCCUGGGAUAUUGUAAAAUGGGCGCUAAUGCCUCUCAGCUGGAGAAGGAGAUUGGGGCUGACCAGUUCCCUCCAAAUGAACAUUACAUUGGCCUUGUAAAUUUUGGCAACACUUGUUACAUCAAUUCUGUACUCCAAGCACUAUAUUUUUGCAAGCCUUUCCGGGAAAAAAUUCUGGAAUACAAAGCAAAGAAUAAACGCACGAAAGAAACUCUUCUUGCAUGUCUGGCAGAUCUGUUCUACAAUAUUGCAACACAGAAGAAGAAGGUUGGAAGUAUAGCACCCAAAAAAUUUAUUGCCAGAUUUAGAAAGGAAAAUGUUAAGUUUGAUAACUACAUGCAGCAAGAUGCCCACGAAUUCUUUGUUCAGUUAAUAGACAGCAUCAAUGAAACUAUCAUAGAAAAGCAGCUGGCAGGUCGAAGUAGACAACAGAGUGGGGAGAGUGAGCAACAAGCAGGCUUGGGAGGACAGCAGGACAGUGGGGGAGGUGGAGGGAACAACCAGCAACAAGAUAAUACAUGGGUGCAUGAGAUAUUUCAGGCAGUCGUCACCAGGGAGCUUAAGUGUCUUAAUUGUGAAGCUGUGCGGAGCACAGAUGAAGUAUUAAACAACCUGUCAGUGGAGGUACAUCAGAAUACAAGCAUCACAUAUUGUUUGCGGUGUUUUUUCUCCACUGAGACCAUUAGUGCAGAGAACAAAGUGCAGUGUGAGAAUUGCUGCUCCCUUCAGGAACACCAGAAACGUACAAGGGUUAAGAAGCUCCCAACUAUAUGCCUCCCCCUUAAAAGAUUUCAGUUUUUGGGUGUUAACCGCACACUAAAAUUAUCACCAGGGUUUUUUUUCCUUUGAACUGCGGUCUUGGGGACAAGUUUAGAUGCUGUGAACCCUGACCGUUUGUAUGACCUAGCAGCUGUGGUGGUUCACUGUGGCACAGGUAUCAACAGAGGCCACUACAUAGCAAUUGUCAAGUCACACAGAUUCUGGCUACUCUUCGAUGAUGAUGCUGUUGAUAAAAUUGACCCAUCAGUAAUGGAAGAAUUUUUUGGCUUGACAUCAGAGAUUCAGAAGUCUUCAGAAACAGGGUAUAUUCUCUUUUAUCAAGCUAGAGACCCAACGUAACUUUCAAAUAAUCACCAAAGAAAGUGGAAUCCGUCUGUCGUGUCCAACUGGUUUUGUGGGAGUUUAAAAGCAGCAUUAGUCGUGGAGACGUGAACAUUCAUAGAAACUUUUUUUUAUUUUUUAAGAGGGGAAUGAAUUGAGAAUUUUAUCCAGAAGGGGUUCAGAGUAGGCAUGUAAUAAAAUGUAUUCAUCUAGUUCAGGUUUAUCAAGUAUUGAAUGCACCAGUGUACACUUAAAUCUGAUCCAAAUAGUUAUUUCACAAAUGUUAUUGUAAUGUAUUGAUUAUAAUGCACAUGUAAAUAAGAGUUUAUCUGAGAUUUUUCACAGUCUAUAGUAGAUGUAAGGGCUGGAGAAUUCUUGUGUUAUUAUUGAUCAAAAUAACUUUCACCUUUCUUCAAUCAGUUUUAUUACUUAAUUGUCUUUUGAUUUGUAAACCUUCACAGUUUAUAAUUCUUCACCUUCCCAGUAUCCUGUAAAUAUUCUUAGUUAUAAACCAAUUAACUAUUGAUUUAAAAUUAUGACUUGGAUAUUACAUCAUUUGUAUUGUAUUCUUUCUUCUUCUUUCAACACACCGGCCGUAUCCCACCGAGGCGGGGUGGCCCAAAAGGAAAAACGAAAGUUUCUCCUUUUACAUUUAGUAAUAUAUACAGGAGAAGAGGUUACUAGCCCCUUGCUCCCGGCAUUUUAGUUGCCUCUUACAACACGCAUGGCUUACGGAGGAAGAAUUCUGUUCCACUUCCCCAUGGAGAUUGUAUUGUAUUCAUCUGUGGUAAUACAGAAUAACACAGGCAAUUACACGUUUUCUCAUACACCCUCCAAAUUUUAGGUGUCUUUGGUUCUUACAUUACCCCAAUUUAAAAAUCCAAGAACAUUCAGUUUCAUCAUACUAAGUUGGACCAUAUAAAGACUUGCUAAAACCUUGGACAAUAAGGAGGAUGCAACUUGUACAAACCUCAGAUGCACACAGGAUCCAUCCAGUACUCCAGUGUAGUUUUCUUUAUUGUGCUAAAUCUGGUCCACCAGAAUUUUAAACUUCGUACCAUGUUAGAUUUUGAUAAAGUGCUUUUUUUCAUGGCUUGAUACAUGAACUAAAGGGUAAUUUAUCUAAAUUUUGUAUUGCCAGUGAGCAGAGUUAUGGUCAGCUAGGUCCUUGAAAAUGGAGGUAGCAUAUUGGUGUACUGUUGCAGACAUAAUUUAUUAAAUAAUACACAUCACGUGCACACAUAAAGUUUGCUCAGUAUAAUUUAUUGACGCAGCUCCCUGUGACUUUUCUAAUAGUGAGACAUAACUUUACCUCUUGAGAGCUUGAAAGGACAAUCAUGACUCUUGCCAGUCUUACCUCUGUGAUAUCAUAAUUAUUAUUUUACAGACUGGGAGAGGGUCAUGGUUUAUCCCUCAGUCAUUAAACCUUUUUGGAGGCAGUUGUACUGUUUUCUAAUGUAUAUUUCCCACUGUUAAUGCAACACACAUUAUUGUAUAAUGCUGUUGAAGAGUAAAAAAAAAGUUGAACAAA